AUGGAACAAAGACACGUUCAAGAAAAUUCUAUCCAUGUGCUACUUGUUUCAUACCCUAUACAAGGGCAUGUUGCACCAUUCAUAAAGUUGGCAUACCUAUUUGCUGGUCGUGGAAUUAAGGUCACACUUGUUAUAACCGAGUUUGUACAUGCACGUCUGGUAGCCGCACAUCCGGAGUUGGAUGAUGAGCAGUAUGAUCAGGUCAGGCUUGUCGCGGUCCCUGAUGGAUUACCCAAAGAAGAUGUGCGAAAUGAUGAACAUAAGCUGGGUGAGAGUGUAUUCAAAGUGAUGCCUGGUCAUGUGGAAAAAUUGUUAAACAAGGCCAACCUGGAGGGUAAUCAGGUGACCUGUGUCAUAGCCGAUGCAGUUUUUGGUUGGGCUUUGGAGAUUGCGGAGAAGAUGGAGCUUAAGUCAGCACUCUUCUGGCCAUCUGCACCAGGAGUUUUGGCCUUGACACUCAACAUUCGAAAGCUUAUUGAGGCUGGGGUUAUAGACUCCAAUGGAACUCCAACAAUGAAGGGGAAUAAGGUUCAACUAUCAUCGGACCUGCCCCCUGUGACUAGCGCUGACAUUGUGUGGAGUUAUCCCGGGAACGAGUCAACGCAGAAGAUCAUGUUCCAGCAUUUCUUCGCCAUUCACCAGAAUGUGAAAAAAAGUGACUGGCUUCUGUGUAACUGGUUUCAGGAGCUCACCCCCUCUGUCGGUGAUUUAGUCCCAAACAUGUUUCCACUUGGUCCAUUACUUGCAAAUGGAAAACCUGCCGGGAACUUUUGGCCAGAGGACUCAACUUGCUUGGGCUGGCUAAACAGGCAACCGGUUGGAUCAGUUGUUUAUGUUGCAUUUGGCAGCAGCUCCAUGUUCAGCCAGCACCAAAUUGAUGAACUAGCAUUAGGCCUUGAACUUUUUGGUCGACCGUUCUUAUGGGUGAAUCGAUCAGACCUCAUCAAUGGCUCAUCUGCCAAAUUCCCAGACGGGUAUGAAAAGAGAGUGGCUAACCAUGGGAAGAUGGUUCACUGGGCACCUCAAGAAAAGGUGCUGGCUCACCCAGCCAUUGCUUGUUUCUUGACCCAUUGUGGCUGGAACUCAACCAUGGAUGGCAUAAGCAUGGGGGUUCCAUUUCUCUGUUGGCCUUAUUUUGCAGAUCAGUUUUACAACCGCAGUUGCAUAUGUAAUGGUUACAAAGUUGGCUUGUGUUUGAACCCAGAUGAUUAUGGGAUUGUUACAAGGCAUGAAAUCAGAAGAAAAUUGGAUGGUUUGCUUGCUGAUGAAGGUAUAAAAGCAAAUGCAACAAAGCUCAAACAAAUGGCGGAAGAGAGCAUCAGUGGAGGAGGAUCUUCUGCAAAUAAUUUGGAACGUUUCAUUGAACACAUGAAGCAAUGA